AUGGAGUUCAGCCGGCGGGCGCAGGCGGGGGAGCGGCGGGAGCUCUACCCGCACAGCCUGCAGUUCUACCUGGAGCCCCCCACGGAGAACAUCUCGCUCGCCGAGUUCGAGAGCUUGGCCGUGGAGCGCCUGAGGCUGCUUAAGGUAGUUGAGAAUCUCGGGGUGAGCCAUGUGAGAAAUGGUGAUGCGUACAAAACCAAGCUGGAACAGGAGCUCCGCAAGCUCAAGUUUCCCUACAAAGCUUUGGCUGAGGGCGAUCAUGACGCAAGAAGGAAAGACCAUAUUUCUCACUUCAUACUACGUCUUGCUUACUGUCAGUCUGAGGAACUUAGACGCUGGUUUCUCCAGCAAGAAAUGGACCUGUUUCGAUACCGUUUCAAUCAACUGAAUGCUGAUCUAAGGCAGAAAUUCUUGGAUCAUGUGAACUUACAUUUUGAAGCUAUCAGUGAAGAGCUGAAAAACAAAUGGGCAGAUGAUCUGUGUGCAUCAACCCCUGGCCUCAGCAUGAUUAAAGUCAAAGAACAAAUGUUCUAUAAGGUUGGACUUGCAGAUGCUGUGGAGCUAUUCAGAGCAAGAAGAGUGUUUAUCAAGGAUGGCUUUGCGUAUGUGCCUCUUAAGGAUAUUGAUGCAAUUGUCUUGAAUAACUAUAGAGCAAAGUUAUCUAAAGCUUUGGCGCUAACAGCACGCGCACUGCCUUCCAUUCAGUCUGACGAGAGACUGCAACCUCUGCUCARUCACCUCAGCCAUUCUUACAUUGGUCCAGAUUACAGUGUGCAAAAAAAUGCUGGAAAAAUUUCUCUGGAACAAAUUGAUGCUCUGGCUGUGAAAUCGUUCCCGCUUUGCAUGCGCCAGCUGCACAAGGCGCUGCGGGAGAGCCACCACCUCCGCCACGGAGGCCGCAUGCAGUACGGGCUCUUCCUAAAAGGCAUYGGCUUGACUCUGGAGCAGGCCCUGGAAUUUUGGAAGAAAGAGUUUAUCCAAGGAAAAGUAGAUGCAGACAAGUUUGACAAAGGAUAUGCUUACAGCAUCCGCCACAACUAUGGGAAAGAAGGAAAGAGAAAGGAUUAUACCCCGUACAGCUGCAUGAAGAUCAUCAUGACCAAUCCACCGAGUCAAGGCGAUUAUCAUGGGUGCCCGUUCCGCCACUGUGAUCCCGAGCUGCUAAAGCAGAAGCUGCAGUUAUACAGAGUGCCUCAAAGUGGAGUAAAUCAGAUCCUGGAGUUAGUGAAGGGCAUGCAUUACCAGCUGGCCUGUCAGAAGUACUUCGAGUUGACACAUGAUAUUGAAGACAUUGGAUUUUCCUUGAAUCAUCCUAAUCAGUAUUUUGCAGAAAGUCAAAGGUUAUUGAGUGGUGGUAGAGAGGUAAAGAAAGAACCAACUCAUUUGGGAAACUCUCAGCAAAGAAGCAGUGGUCAAGAAAGCAUGAAUUCAAAUUCGACUCCAGUCUCUUCCAGUACAGCAACUGAUGCAGAACUGGAGGGACUGGAGGAAUAUUUUGCUGAAGACUAAACAGCUUUGCAGAUUUCUUUUUUCUUCUUUCCCUUCUCUGAACAAAUUCUUCCUUAUAAUAAGGAAUAUGCAUUUGGAUACCCAGAAGACAGAAGCAUUUAGUGCUUUGCAUAGACUGAUUAAAGAAGAAUAUAAAGAUACUGAAGUUGUAAAUGUAUCCUUCUUUUUCUGCUGUAGAAUACUGUUAUAUAGGGCAUGUUGAAGAAUAAGAAUUAAAAUUACUUCCUAAAUAUCAGAUGCUUUUGCUCUUUUGAUGGUGUUCAAAGUGUGUAAUUUCUCUAUGCCUUUUUAAAUUACUUUUAUCUGUU